GGCCAGUGAAUUUCGUACGGAGUCACCGGAGAUGCAAGCUAAUAACCAUUCAUUGGAUGUCUUCGGAGAUCAGAAUGGCUAAGCGCGAGCUAUCCAGUACUUUGAAAACAUUGAAGUUUAUGCAAAGGGCAUCCAACAACAGAGGAGAAAGCUAAGGAGGCCGAAGACGUCUUGCCUGAUGGUAUCUUCACUUCUUCGAGUGCUCCCAAAAGAUGGUAGAAAAUGGGUCGAGUGAAGAUGGACAUGAGAAGUCAAAAGUCAACAACUCCAGCACAGAUGCAAAGGGAGAUAACAAGAGGAAGCAAGAUGGCACUGUCUCAGAUGUUCAUUUGCAACACAUAAGAAUGGGCAUGCUCAUGAAGGACCAUCGUCAGGUGGCAAGACAAAAUCCCAGAAGCACCCAAAAUGUGAAAAGAUGGGUUUCAAUGUCCUUAGGUCACCAAAGAAUCAAAAUAAAAAACAAUAGGUAAAGGCUGAUUCUUUUGCUCUUGGAUAAUUUGCUCUUGCCAUGCCCUUUUAUUAGUCAAUGAUAGUGUCAUAGUGUGUUGUGCUAUAAGCGUAUGUGGACAGCCCUA